CACUCAUCGUCAACAUCGCCUCAAGUUGGCGGAUGCUGGCCGGAUGGGGAUAGGUUAUAAAUACGAAGACGAUUUCUGCGAAUAUCAAAACUACAAGUCAACAACUUAGACAGCAACAUCUCGACACAUUUUGCCGCUGCACAACUCUCAGUCGUCUCGUUGCAACCGCCCCCCUCGCGCCUUACCAUCACCAUGUUCAUCCCCAUCAAGUACCACGAGCACAUCGCGGCCAACUACCUCAACGUCUGGAAUGGCGACCUGACCCUCCUGAACGCCACCUUCUCCCCAGGGGUGACCCUGUACAUCGACCGGUUUCCAUCCCAGACGGGUGAGGGCAGCGAACCCGUCGAAGUGGGCACGUCGGAGGAGUUCUGCGACUUCGUCGAGCAGUCUCGCUCCGGGUGGGAGCAGUAUCGAUUCGAGGGAGAGCCGGUCACCUACAACGGCACUGACUUCUUGAUUCUCAACGAGUGCACCGGCUUGGCCGACGAGGCCGACAUCGCGGGGGAUUCGUUGACACUCUUCCACAACCUUGGGUUGACGAGUGUGACCGUGUAA